CAUGUUUCGCAUUUCUACACAAUUCUUCAGGAGUCUGGUUGGAUGUUCAGAAACGCAUUGCAAAAGGAAAGGUGGAAUGUGGUGAAGAUUGUAACAUAUGUUGUAUCUGACAGCUGGGCGCAGUGAUGGAGGCUCAGGGUAAUAAUGCAGAUCAGGGCAGCAGCGAUCAAUCUGAAGCACAACGCCGAAGACAGCUGGACCGUCUGGACAGAGAAGAGGCCUUCUACCAGUUCGUCAACAAUCUCAGCGAGGAAGACUAUCGGCUCAUGAGAGACAACAAUCUGCUUGGCACACCUGGUGAAAUUACGGCAGAUGAACUGUUAAGCCGCCUUCGGCAGGUCAAGGAUGGCCCUGAGUCGCCCAGUAAUGGCUCCACUGAGGAGAGAGGGGAAGGGCCUGCUGCGACAGAGAUGGAGGGCACUGAGGAAAACCCAAGUGGGGAGAGCCUUCUUGACUGGCUCAACACUGUACGACAGACGGGGAAUACAACGAGGAGUGGUAACCGGGGUAACCAAUCAUGGCGGGCUGUGAGCCAAACCAAUCCCAACAGUGGUGAUUUCCGUUUCAGCUUGGAGAUCAAUGUCAAUCGCAACCUAGCUGAGCAGCAAACGCAGACGGAAAGGCUGGAAGGGGGCCAGGAGAGACCAGAUGGCCCUGUGUCUGAGCCGGAGAGUCUUAUGGAGACUGCAGAGGUGGUUGAGGAACCAGUGGUGGAUGAGCUGGCGGUUAUAGUAGAGCCAGAGCUACCAGUUCCUAUUACCCUGUCUGAAAACACGGAAGUAAUUGAACCAAAUCCACCAACUUCACCUCCCCCAACCUUGUCCCCAGUAGAGCAACCACGCAGGGGUCAAAUUAGGGCUCGCAGUAGAAGCCCAGAGCAGCGACGAACAAGGGCUCGCACCACAAGAGGUCGCUCGCCGCUCAACCUCGAAAGAUUGGACGGACUUCUGCCUACUCAGCACGGCCUGCCUUCUCGCAAUCCUGAGAUCCUUCCAGAGCCCCAGGUCGAGGGAAGCUCAAGGACUCGGCAGUUGUUUUUGUCUAGGCAGAGCACAGUGGAAACGGAAACUCAAGAAUCGGGAGCAGCCGCCGAGGUCCCCGGAGCACCGCAGGAUAGAGAGGCAUCCGCUGGAGAAGCAGGAGCCUCAGGUCGUCGUCCUCCAACCAUAAUGCUGGAUUUGCAGGUACGUCGGGUGCGUCCCGGAGAGUACCGCCAGAGAGACAGCAUCGCUAACCGUACCAGGUCUCGUUCGCAGACCUCCAACAACACUUUACUGUAUGAGACUGAGCGCGGGGGUUUCCGCCGGACCUUCUCCCGUUCGGAGCGGGCAGGGGUGAGAACAUACGUCAGCACAAUUCGCAUUCCCAUUCGCAGGAUAUCGGACACUGGACUCGGGGAAGCCACUUCUUUGGCUCUGCAGUCUAUGAUUCGUCAGAUCAUGACUGGCUUCGGUGAACUUAGCUACUUUAUGGACUCGGACUAUCCAGACUCGAACCGUGAAGACAGCCCAGCUGCAGACCUCACUGAUGGACUGGGUAACCCUGAUGCUUCCACCGGUGCCGCUGCAGGUGAAGCGGACUCCUACCUUCCUGGGAAUGGAGGCUCUAACCAGGGUGGUUUAGAGGCACGGACAGAGGAGAGGGAAGUGGAUGAUUUGUCUGGAUUUAACCACAGUGAUCAGUGCAUUGGAUUGGUCGGCCUGACUUUACCUAAGCUUUUACAUGUUCCUGCAAAAUCCCCACUCUUUCUCUGGCAUCUUAAUUCUAACACAUUCCUUUCUUGGUCAGGUGAAAUUACGGCAGAUGAACUGUUAAGCCGCCUUCGGCAGGUCAAGGAUGGCCCUGAGUCGCCCAGUAAUGGCUCCACUGAGGAGAGAGGGGAAGGGCCUGCUGCGACAGAGAUGGAGGGCACUGAGGAAAACCCCAGUGGGGAGACCCUUCUUGACUGGCUCAACACCGUACGACAGACGGGCAAUACAACGAGGAGCGGUAACCGGGGUAACCAAUCAUGGCGGGCCGUAAGCCAAACCAAUCCCAACAGCGGUGAUUUCCGUUUCAGCUUAGAGAUCAAUGUCAAUCGCAACCUAGCUGAGCAGCAAACGCAGACGGAAAGGCUGGAAGGGGGCCAGGAGAGACCAGAUGGCCCUGUGUCUGAGCCGGAGAGUCUUAUGGAGACUGCAGAGGUGGUUGAGGAACCAGUGGUGGAUGAGCUGGCGGUUAUAGUAGAGCCAGAGCUACCAGUUCCUAUUACCCUGUCUGAAAACACGGAAGUAAUUGAACCAAAUCCACCAACUUCACCUCCCCCAACCUUGUCCCCAGUAGAGCAACCACGCAGGGGUCAAAUUAGGGCUCGCAGUAGAAGCCCAGAGCAGCGACGAACAAGGGCUCGCACCACAAGAGGUCGCUCGCCGCUCAACCUCGAAAGAUUGGACGGACUUCCGCCUACUCAGCACGGCCUGCCUUCUCGCAAUCCUGAGAUCCUUCCAGAGCCCCAGGUCGAGGGAAGCUCAAGGACUCGGCAGUUGUUUUUGUCUAGGCAGAGCACAGUGGAAACGGAAACUCAAGAAUCGGGAGCAGCCGCCGAGGUCCCCGGAGCACCGCAGGAUAGAGAGGCAUCCGCUGGAGAAGCAGGAGCCUCAGGUCGUCGUCCUCCAACCAUAAUGCUGGAUUUGCAGGUACGCCGGGUGCGUCCCGGAGAGUACCGCCAGAGAGACAGCAUCGCUAACCGUACCAGGUCUCGUUCGCAGACCUCUAACAACACUUUACUGUAUGAGACUGAGCGCGGGGGUUUCCGCCGGACCUUCUCCCGUUCGGAGCGGGCAGGGGUGAGAACAUACGUCAGCACAAUUCGCAUUCCCAUUCGCAGGAUAUCGGACACUGGACUCGGGGAAGCCACUUCUUUGGCUCUGCAGUCUAUGAUUCGUCAGAUCAUGACUGGCUUCGGUGAACUUAGCUACUUUAUGGACUCGGACUAUCCAGACUCGAACCGUGAAGACAUCCCAGCUGCAGACCUCGCUGAUGGACUGGGUAACCCUGAUGCUUCCACCGGAGCCGCUGCAGGUGAAGCGGACUCCUAUCUUCCUGGGAAUGGAGGCUCUAACCAGGGUGGUUUAGAGGCACGGACAGAGGAGAGGGAAGUGGAUGAUGGAGCGUCCGAUGCUAACAGUCCUCGGGAGAACCGAGGCAGGCAGCGGGCGCCCAUUAGCCUGGAUGAAACCGGAUCUCUGCCAUUUCUGCGACUCGCGCACUUCUUCUUGCUCAACGAGGAAGAUGAUGACCAGCCCAGAGGUCUCACCAAAGAGCAGAUCGACAACCUGUCCAUGCGAAACUUUGGCGAGAGCGAUGCAUUCAAAACCUGCAGCGUCUGCAUCACGGAGUACGCCGAAGGCAACAAAUUACGGAAGCUGCCCUGCUCUCACGAAUACCACGUGCACUGUAUCGACCGCUGGCUUUCAGAGAACUCGACCUGCCCUAUUUGCCGCAGGGCGGUUCUGGUUUCCACCAACCGAGAGAGUGUCGUCUAGCCAAAGUUGGUUUUGUGACACUUUGACAUCACUUCCUCCCUUCCCUUUACAUUUAUUACCUAGUCAUGUGAGAACGCGUACUGAGAUUUUCCCAGACAUCCUAUAUGAAGCCAUUGUUAAGUUUUAUCAGAUUUGCUGGUGCCAAUAUUUUUUCCCCCAAACUACACAUCAGUGUAUUUUGACCCAUCUUACAAUUAAAUAAAUAUUGGUGCAAGACGCAACCAAUGAAGACCAUGCUGCAAGCCCUGAUCAUUUAUUGUCUUGAACAUCAACAUUCAACAACAUUAUUGGAUGAGGGGCAAUGUAGAGAGACCUUAGAGUGGUACAUACACUUUCAUACUAAAAGAGAGAUUUGAGUUGUACUUUUAAGCAAGUAUUCCAUAUCAGAUUGCUUUUUAAUAAAAGUUAAUCAAAAUUGUGUUUUAAUUUGAUUAAAAACGAAAAUAACAUUUAGGAUCAAGAAAAGUAUAAUCUGCUCAUCCACAAAUACAUUUCAAUCGGAAAAUGCAUUGAAACUGUCACACUUUGCUGCAUCUAAAGUGAUUUUGGUUUCAUACUGUGUUGGUAUGAAAGCAUAGUGUGUGUUGUACCAGUUGCACCAUUAUCAUAAAUUACUAAAUGCAGAUAAAUAGUAAAUUUCACAGAGUAAUUCUGAGUGAGUUCGUCAUCCUGUAUAGAAUAGAUUUUGAUUUGGCUUUUGAAAGUGUUCAGUAAUACUGGUUUUGAAAACAUAUGGCCAGACACUUUUUACACAAACAAACAAAAAAGGCUGUAAAUAUGCUACGUGGAGACUUCAAGUCGUGUUUUCGCCUGUCUUCCCAAAUGCUGAUGACGCAUCAGUUGGCUGACUCAAACAUACUUCAUAUAUCUUAAGAAAUAAACUUGGCUACAUGUAGGCAAUGUCGUGCAAUGCUAAAAAGGAAACCGUAAAGGACGUUUUGACAAAUAGACUUGUAUGUUGUAGUCUGUAAAUAUAUGCAUUUAAAAUGAAGACUUAAAUGGAAGUUUUUCUAACAGUUCUGUACAUUGAGAAUAGCAUCAUUUAUCUUACUCUGAGGAGGAAAUUAUUUUUCUCAUUAUGUAAUGGUUGGUUCAUAUGGGAGCUACGGUUCUUUAGCCUCAUGCUAGAAAAACAAAUGCAGUGUUAUUUAGAAACAAUAGAGGAGAUAUCUGUCUUUAUUGUUUCUGUGUUGACUUGGGAUACUAACCUUAAGCAUAAUGUUCUCCACCAUGAUUUACAUCAACAUUUCAUGUAUCGUAAGCAAGCCAACCAUUGUUGAAUUCAUAUUCUUGUUCAGAGGUCAUGUAUUAUAAGAGCGAGUUACUCAAUAGAAUUUCUUUUGCAAGCAUAUUUAUAGCUUAUAUUUUGUCAUCUUUGGACUAGCUUCCAGUUUGCUGUGUUUAAAAUGAAUAAAAUGAUUUCCUCUCUUGACCGUUUCUCUGUGGCCUCGCCAUCAUGUUUAGUGCUGCUGCGGAAUA